AUGACCACCCGCGACCCCAGCGCUUCCCGGCCCGACGAGAGCGAUCGCCCCAGCGAAAGUGUCAAUGCCGCUUUUCGCGACGUCAUGCUUACCCGCCUAGCAGCGCUAGAAAGCGAGGUACAGCAGCUGCGUGCGGCGGGGAGCCGCCAGGCUGGUGGAGGUGACAGAAAGAUGGGGCUGCAGCAGGGUCGGAAGGCAGCAGAUGGGGGCACCCAGGAACACGUGGCGGCUGCGGCUGCGCCAGGUGCGGAAGGUGUAACUAAGGGGAAGGAAGCAAGCGGCGGUGACAACACAGGCAACCAGGGUAGCACGACGGAGGCGGUAGCCGAAGAGCUCUCUAAGCUGCACCCCAAGAUCGUCCGGCUGGUGCACUCUGGCUACUUGGAGUCGCUACACCACUUGCGCCAGAGGUUGAUGGUGGAUGAGUGGGAGGGUGGUGGCCGGCAGCGGGCACUUCAGCGCGGUGUGGCAGAGUUCGAGGGACAGUGGGUGGAGAAGAGGGUGGAGCUGGGCUGGGAGGAGUGGGAGGAGCUGUCACAGCUGUACAAGGAUCCCGAGAACCUGGAGGUGAUCCGUGACCCACGGGUCCGAAGUGCAGCGCGCGCGACGCUGCAGCGCGUGUUGGAUGAACGGCACGAGAAGGUACGGGAGGCAGCCACGCAUCUCGCCAAGGAGCUGGCUGACGGAGUGGCCAAUGGGCCUGGGAACCUCAUCUCAGGGCUGUUGGGUCUGCUGCCGUUGCCGGGCUUCCUCAAGGGCAAGUGA